UCACGCAUGCGCUGUACGUCUGCACAUGCGUAGUGCUCCAGGGCGGCGGAACAGGGUGACCCUGAGUAUUGAGACCCCGCAGCGAUGCUCAGCAGAUUUCUAGGCCCGCGCUACCGAGAACUGGUCAAAAACUGGAUCCCCACAGCCGGCAUGUGGGGCACUGUGGGUGCCGUGGGACUGGUGUGGGUCACGGACUGGCGGCUGAUCCUGGACUGGGUGCCGUACAUCAAUGGCAAGUUUAAGAAGGACGAUUAGGCAGCCCCGUCCCCCACCACAGGCCUCGAUGCUGCUGGGCUGGCCUUGUUCAUGAAGCCAGUACUGAAGAGCCAUUGUCAGCUGUGGACAUCCAGCAGAGCUGGUGCCUGAGCCCUGGGUAGGAUGCAGACACCCACUGUCCAGCUGGGGAGCUGAAGCUGCCCCUUGCCACAGGCCUCUAGGGAUACAUUGCAUGCUGAGGGCACGCACCACUGUGUCCUCAUCAAACCACACAAGACUGGAUAUGUCGCUAAUGUUGGUGGCUUGUGUCCAGAAUACAGUCCUAUUUAGACCACCCAG